CUCUCGCUCGGUCUCUCUCGCUCUCGCUCGCUCUCUCUCGCUCUCUUGGAUUUAAAUUAUUUUGGCAUGGCUACAUAUAAGCCAAAUAACAUCCUCAUUACUGGGGCUGCUGGCUUUAUCGCGUCCCAUGUUUGCAAUCGGCUUCAUAGGAUUCCUGGGAGAUUGUUCUUAAAUGGGUCCAGCAAUAUUGCUUCACUGUUUACACAACAAGGCAAGAAAGGGACCAAUCAGGAUGCCAUGAUUGUUUGGGAGGUACUAAACCUGGAGAAUAUGGACAAAACCAGGCAUUGGAAAAUCGUGGGCUGUAGCGCAUACACAGGGGAGGGACUGCUUGAGGGAUUUGAUUGGUUGGUUCAGGACAUGAUGAUACCUUAGGAUCUAGUCAACAUUAAGCAAUAGAGUUAUGGUUUUUUUUAUUGGCCCUCUCAGAGAACUGAUUAAGGUCCAUUUGUAUUGUUUUAUUAACUAUCUUAUUGUUGUGGAAUUUAGUCAAGCUGUGAAUUCGACAAAAAAAAAAAAGUCAAGCUGUGAAAUUUUUUGGGUC